AUGCGUGUGUCUGCUCAGCUUCAAGUGGAAGGGCCGCAUCUUCGGAGGCUGGAAAAGCUAUCUCAUCAUUGUGCUCAUCUGGCUCUACGGCUUUUUGACACAAGGACUAUCAAUUUUCGGGGUGUACGGCAAAUAUGGCUGGAGUGACGAGACCCACAAGUGCGACUUUCUGAAUACGACUCCCGACACGCAGCCCCGCUCCAACUGGUUCCUCAUCUCCUGGUCCAUCCCCUGUGUCAUCAUCGUCGUCAGCUACUCCCUGAUCUUCAUCAAGGUCAAACAGUCCGGCCGCAGCAUCCUCAUGAAAAACCAUAGUAUGGAUUACGUGCAGGCUCUGGUGAAGACGCGCGAGGACAAGACGUCCCGCAUGAUCUUCGUCGUGUUCAUCACCUACUGCGUGUGCGUGCUGCCCAUCACCGUCAUGAACGUGGCGGAUCCUGAGAACUGUUACCCCUACUUGAGUCUCGUCUUCUACUGCGUCUACUGGCUCCAGUACUGCUGCAACAACGUCAUCUACGUCAUGAGCAACAGCGUCUACCGGCAGGCCUACAUCAUCUUCCUGACGGAGGUGUGUCCGCCGCUGAAGCGGUUCCUGCACCAGCCGGCGCCGUGGCAGGCGGCGCGUCAGAGCACUGUGACCACGAUCGCCGGGUUCCGGUCGCAGUCGACACACAGUGUGCUGGAGGCGGCACGUCGACUCCGACACGCCGACUCCGUGGUCAGCCAGACGGCGGUCAGUGGCGACUCGGUGAGUCGGGACGGGCCGCCGAGCUCUCCAAGCAGCCCGCCCACCGCCAGCAGCGAAUCCCCGGGCAGUGAGAGCAGCUGCCGCAUGGAGGGGGGCGUGGCACGACGCGUCGGCCCGCGCAAGACCCGGCCGCCCCCUCCGCGCCGUUCCGUGUCGCUGGAGCGCUGCUGUGAGGAUGAGGUCACGUUCGAGUCCGAGCAGCGACCUCCGCUGACUGUCCGGCUCCGCAGGCGGCUGGCCGGCCGCCGGCGCAGUCUGCCGCUGGAGAAACCAGCCGGCCCGCUGCCCGCCUGGUGGGCCCUCGACGACUCCACCUGGCUCUGGUACUACUGCGACACCAUCGCUGCUACCGUAUCCAGGAGACUGGCCUCGGCCAGUGAGCGGCGGCCGCAUCUUGACAAGAGGAGCCUGUUCAGUCGCAAACGGUCCAUGUCGUUCUGAAGCUGUCGUGAUACUCUUUGUGCUGUCUACACGGGUGUAAGCAUUCCAGUGAUAUCGUUAAGUGUUUGCAAAGUGCUUUGUUUCGCAGACGCGGGCGUCUGUGCCAUAAUUGUAGGUCCUCAAUUACUGAAGAGCGCAGAAAACGUGCCGUAAUUAUCAGGUUCGGAUGCAUCAUCGAGCCAGUUAAAGAACGUCAGGGAGAAAAACAAGCACCCGGUCAGGUUGUAUGUAGAUAAGGAAAUGCUGCGCUGUGUUUAA